AUAUAUAAAGUAGUAUGAUGUAUGAAGUUGAUAGAAAGGCAGAAGAAAGAAGUGGAAAAUUAAAGUGAGAGACAGUAACAUCAUAUAUGAUAUGAUAAUGGAAGAGAAUCUUCUAGCGGCAAAAGAAAGAUCAUCAUCAUGGACAUGGAAGAAAGGUUACAAAGAAGAAAUGAAGAGGAUAUGUGAGAUAGCAGGGCCCAUGGUGGUAGUGAUAGCUUCUCAGUAUCUGUUGCAGGUGGUUUCAACCAUGAUGGUUGGUCACCUUGGCGAGCUUGCUCUCUCAAGCUCUUCUUUGGCCAUAUCCCUCUCUGGUGUCACCGGUUUCAGCCUCCUUAUGGGGAUGGCGAGUGGACUGGAAACUAUAUGUGGACAGGCUUAUGGAGCAGAACAAUACCAAAGAAUUGGAAUGCAAACAUACACUGCCAUCUUUUCUCUCAUAUUGGUCUGUGUUCCCCUCUCUAUUCUUUGGAUCAACAUUGAACAGAUACUAGUCUUCCUAGGCCAGGACCCUCUCAUUGCUCAUGAAGUAGCCAAGUUCAUCAUAUGGCUUAUUCCAGCCCUUUUUGCAUAUGCAAUUCUGCAGCCGUUAGUUCGAUAUUUCCAAAUCCAAAGCUUGCUUCUUCCCAUGCUUGUAAGUUCUUGUGUCACUCUAUUCCUCCAUAUACCUCUUUGUUGGCUCUUGGUGUUCAAGGCUGGACUCAAUAGUGCUGGUGGAGCAAUAGCAGUUAGCAUUUCAAUUUGGUGCAAUGUCAUUUUUCUUGGAUUAUUCAUGAGAUACUCUCCAUCGUGUGCAAAAACACGCGCUCCGAUUUCUCUGGAGAUGUUCCGAGGAGUUGGGGAGUUUUUUCGCUUUGCUGUCCCUUCUGCAGUAAUGAUUUGCCUUGAAUGGUGGUCAUAUGAGUUGCUUAUCUUGCUGUCUGGGCUGUUACCAAACCCACAACUUGAGACUUCAGUUUUAUCUGUUUGUCUUAAUACAAUUUCAACUCUCUAUACCAUCCCUUUUGGAAUUGGUGCUGCAGCAAGCACAAGAGUUUCAAAUGAAUUAGGAGCAGGGAAACCACUAGCUGCUCGUGUAGCCGUGCUGGCUGGAAUGUCUCUUGCAGUAAUUGAGACGAGUAUAGUAAGCGCAACCCUCUUUUCGUGUCGCCACAUUUAUGGUUAUGUUUUCAGCAACGAGGAGGAAGUUGUUGAUUAUGUCACUGUCAUGGCUCCUCUGGUUUGUGUAUCUGUUAUACUAGAUAGCCUACAAGGUGUUCUGGCAGGGAUUGCUAGAGGUUGUGGAUGGCAGCACUUAGGAGUUUUUGUAAACCUAGGAGCUUUCUACCUCUGUGGGAUUCCGGCUGCGGCUGCGUUGGCAUUUUGGGUGAAUCUGAAAGGAAAAGGACUUUGGAUUGGUAUACAAGUUGGUGCAUUUGUUCAAACUGUUCUACUUGCUACCAUAACAAGCUGCAUAAAUUGGGAACAACAGGCAAUCAAGGCAAGGAAGAGAAUAUUUGAUGGUCAAUUUUCAGCAGAUAAUAUACUGAUAUGAGAAGCUAGUUAUUGAUGAAAUGAAGAUCAAUUAUAAAUCUUCAUUAGUGAGUGACUUGGAACUGGAAUUUCAAAAAUAUGUUUUCAUGAUAAAGAGUUGUAUAUGUAUACACUAUAUUAGUUCAUCACACCUCAUGCAUUUUUAUGUAACCAUGCUGAAGUGAUCCCCAAAUUAUGGAAAUGAAUGGAGUCAUACAAGACAAGGGCAUGUGAGUGUGUGGUUUAGCUCAGAUCCUAUGUACUUAAAUUGUUUUAUUCGGAAAACAGUAAAACUUAGACGCCA